UUUUAGAUUUCAAAGACGAACCAUGGCAACUGGGAACAUCUUAUCAGUAUUUCUAAUUGGAAUGGUUAUUCUGACUUCGCCUACGAAGGCAAUGUCAACUACAACUACAGCACCAACUACAACAACUACAGCACCAACCACAACAACUACAGCACCAACUACAACUACAGCACCAACUACAACAACUACAGCACCAACUACAACAACUACAGCACCGACUACAACAACGACUGCACCAACUACAACAACUACAGCACCAACCACAACAACUACAGCACCAACUACCACAACUACAGCACCAACUACAACGACUGCUGCACCAACUACAACAACUACUGCACCAACUACAACAACUACAGCACCAACUACCACAACUACUGCACCAACUACAACUACAGCACCAACCACAACAACUACAGCACCAACCACAACAACUACAGCACCAACUACAACAACAACGGCACCAACCACAACAACUACGGCACCGACUACAACAACUACAGCACCAACUACAACAACUGCUGCACCAACCACAACAACUACAGCACCAACCACAACAACUGCUGCACCAACUACAACAACUACUGCACCAACUACAACAAUUGCUGCACCAUCUACAACAACUACAGCACCAACUACAACAACUACAGCACCAACAACAACUGCUGCACCAACUACAACAACUACUGCACCAACUACAACAACUACAGCACCAACUACAACAACUGCUGCACCAACUACAACAACUACAGCACCAACUACAACUGCUGCACCAACUACAACAACUAUGGCAUCAACUACAACAACUGCUACACCAACUACAACAACUACAGCACCAACUACAACUACUGCAGCACCAACAACAACGGCUGCACCAACUACAACUGCUGCAUCAACUACAACAACUACAGCACCAACUACAACAACUACAGCACCAACUACAACAACAACGGCACCAACCACAACAACUACGGCACCGACUACAACAACUACAGCACCAACUACAACAACUGCUGCACCAACCACAACAACUACAGCACCAACCACAACAACUGCUGCACCAACUACAACAACUACUGCACCAACUACAACAAUUGCUGCACCAUCUACAACAACUACAGCACCAACUACAACAACUACAGCACCAACAACAACUGCUGCACCAACUACAACAACUACUGCACCAACUACAACAACUACAGCACCAACUACAACAACUGCUGCACCAACUACAACAACUACAGCACCAGCACCAACUACAACAGCUGCACCAACUACAACAGUUACAGCACCAACUACAACUGCCGCACCAACUACAACUGCUGCACCAACUACAACAGUUACAGCACCAACUACAACUGCUGCACCAACUACAACUGCUGCACCAACUACAACAGUUACAGCACCAACUACAACUGCCCCACCAACUACAACAGUUACAGCACCAACUACAACUGCCGCACCAACUACAACUGCUGCACCAACUACAACAGUUACAGCACCAACUACAACUGCUGCACCAACUACAACUGCUGCACCAACUACAACAAUUACAGCACCAACUACAACUGCCCCACCAACUACAACAGUUACAGCACCAACUACAACUGCCACACCAACUACAACUGCUGCACCAACUACAACAGUUACAGCACCAACUACAACUGCCGCACCAACUACAACUGCCGCACCAACUACAACUGCUGCACCAACUACAACAGUUACAGCACCAACUACAACUGCCGCACCAACUACAACAGCUGCACCAACUACAACAGUUACAGCACCAACUACAACUGCCGCACCAACUACAACUGCUGCACCAACUACAACAGUUACAGCACCAACUACAACAGCUGCACCAACUACAACAACUGCUGCAUCAGCUACAACAACUGCUGCACCAGCUACAACAACUACAGCACCAACUACAGUGACUGUUACACCAACUACAACAACUACAGCUGCACCAACCACAACAUCCACCCCAACUACAACAGCUGCUCCAACUACAACAACAACAGCUGCUCCAACUACAACAACCACAACAACAGCUGCUCCAACUACAACAACCACAACUGCUGCUCCACCUGUUCCUCCUGCAGGGACAACACCUACCCCAACAGCAUCUUCAGAACGUACUUAUAGUGUCUCAGCAAACAUGCAAGGAGAAACAUUCACACCAGACCUUAACGACCGCAGCAGCGCAGCCUUCAGAAACCUUGAACGCAGGGUUACAUUAACGAUGAAUACGAUUUACAGACAGAGAUAUGGACGUCGGUUCGACAGCUCCUUUGUCAGAAGGUUCAGACCUAUUCCACGAAUUCGAACUAAUGCAACUCAAGCAGAAAUUGGGCUGACGUUCAACCAGAAUACUUCAGUAACAGACCUCCCAACAAAUGAAGAAGUUCGUCAAAGUUUGGUUGAUGCUGUGAGUAACCCCAACAACACCUUCAAUGUUUCGAUAGACCCUAACACAGUUUCAGUACUUGAUGGCCCACGGCCAAAUGCUACAAGUUCACCAGCUGCUGCAAAUACAACCAUGGGACCUGCUGCAAAUACAACUGUUGCACCUAAUACUGCUGCAAAUAUGCCCACUGCACCUACAACUGCAGCACCUACAAUCACAACUGUAAAUGUGACUUUCAGAUCUAUCCAAAGCACAUUUACAGCUGACUUGAGUAAUACCUCAUCUCAAGCUUUUAAAAAUCGAGCUUCAAUGAUAAAGAAUCAGCUUCAACCGUUUUACCAAGUGGCAUUCCCCUCCUCAUUCAACUCCCUAGAAAUGAUAAAGUUCAGUCAAGGGUCAGUCAUCAAUGAGGGUGAGCUCAAUUUUACAGGCACAGCUCCGAACGGAACCCAGAUUGCAAGAGUUUUGAUCAAUGCGGCUACAAACGUCACAGGCUUCGACAUUGAAACAACCUCCAUUUUGGUGGAUGGCGUCGCUUCAAGUGGAGUAAGCCAAAAGAUCAGCCUUGUCGUCGCAUCUUUCCUGGUGGUGUUGUCAUGGAUAUUGUCAAGCCAAUAGGAUCACUGCUGAUUGCAAUCAAAACAUGACUGCCUUCUCUGGUAUGACAAAGGACUUUGCUGUCAGUAAAACUCACAGAUUAGUGAUUACCCUAAGUGUGGAACAGUUUGGGAGUUUUAUGUUGUGAACAGACUGUUAAAAUUUACACUGAAGAGGUGGAUCAUGGAUUAUAUCUGUGGAACAGAACAAUAAAUCAUUCAGUCUCAUAUAACAAAUCAUAAAACUUUAUAGAAAUGUAUGUGAUAAAAUCAUCACGUACAUAGUUGUAUUUAUUAUGAAGUAUGCUUGAUGCCAAAAACAGGCAAAAACUAAACUUACUGUGUAAUGUUAUGAUCUAUGUUGCAUCCAAAUGUUUAAUUUAUCCACUGCGUAAACUAUGUGUAAUCAUUUUACAUUCAGUGUUUUUAAUUUUAGUCUUCUUGGAGAUUUUUUUUCAUGAUAUGAUAAAGAAAACAAACACAUGUAAUAUGUCAGAUCUAAAAUGUUAAAUUUGAAUGUUUAAAAGCCUGUCUCUUCUGUCAAGGUUGUUUUUUUAUCAUUAUUAUUAUUAUUUAACACAACAUAUGAUAGCAUAACAGCAGGUAAUUGCGGUCAGACUUAACAUUAAGAUAUCAGAUUAUGAGGGAUGACAUAUACAGUCAUAUACUGUAUACAAAAUGAAAAUUUGCAAACAAUGAAGUGUAAAGGUAAAUUUGAAAUGUAUAUUUAUUGUAUGUUUGACUUAUGUUGUUAUCAAGUUUAUUUGUUAUACAUUGUCUAUUUAUGCAGUUAUCUACAGGUGUAUUCUGUGAUCUUUCUUGUACUUUGUACAUUUCCUGUGAGUGACUUUAAAAUGAUCAGAAUAUACAAUUAUUUAAAUUUAAUGUGCCUUCUUGUGUGAUAUUUUAUGGACUUUGGUGGGCAGGAAAAAUGAGAUUUAAGAGCACCAGUAAGAGACACUGCUGUGGCACUACUUCAACUUGAAUGUCACAGGAGUAUUUUACAUCUGAAGCAUUUGUUUUAAUUUUUUACUGC